AUGAUAAUUGAAGAAGUGUAAGGCAAUAAAAAGAAUAAAAAUAUUCCUUGGAUUGAGAAAUACAGACCCUCCACAUUGGAUGAAGUGAUUUCUCAUGAGGAGAUAGUAGCAACAAUUAAAAAGUUCAAUGAAAAAAAUCGAUUACCAAAUCUAUUGCUCUAUGGCCCUCCUGGGACAGGUAAGACAUCUACCAUAAUUGCAUUGGCCAAAUAGAUCUAUUAGAAUAAGUAUAAUUAGAUGGUCUUAGAGCUUAAUGCAUCAGAUGAGAGGGGUAUCAAUACUGUGAGAGAGACCAUCAAGGGGUUUGCAGAAUCUCAGUCAUUCACAUUCACAAAGGAUAAGAACACAUCGAUAAAAUUGGUGAUUUUGGACGAAGCUGAUGCCAUGACAGCGGCAGCCUAAUUUGCAUUGCGUCGAAUCAUUGAAAAAUAUGCAAAGACCACAAGAUUCUGCUUUAUUUGCAAUCACAUAUCUUAAAUCAUUCCAGCCAUUCAAAGUAGAUGCACGAGAUUUAAGUUCAAAUAAAUUAGUUUAGACGUGGCUAGUUCAAGAAUCAAAUACAUUUGUGAGAACGAGAGUAUCCCAUUGAAUGAGUAGGCUAUUAAGUCUGUGUUUGAAUUGUGUUCAGGGGAUAUGAGAAGAGUUGUAAACAUGUUGUAAUCGUUGUCUUUGUCGACAUCGAAUUCAAAUUUGGAAGUCAUCAAUUCUUAGUAUGUCUAUCAGUUUACGGGGAUGGCACAUCCUGAUUUAAUCAAAUAGAUUAUGGAAUAUUUGAUGAACCAAUCUGAAAUUCAGAAAACAUACUUGAAAAUAAAAACGAUUUUGAAUGAACAAGGAAUAUCCCUUUAAUUGUUGCUUACGGAAUUGAGUACAUAAUUAUUGGGAUUAAAUGUGUUGAAUGACAAAUAGAAAUGUAAUGUUAUUGAGAGAAUGGCUGAACUUGAGUACCGACUUUCCAUUUGUUGCAAUGAUUAGGUUUAAUUACUUUCUUUGAUUGGUAUUUUCCAUGAAGUUCUUUUGUGA